GAUGAUGAGCACCAGUGGUCCAAUCGAAACACGGAGCACAACAGGCGCACUUCCUUACGGUUGAUAACAGGGCUUUCAACGAGAUAAGAACCGGGCUACAUACUGCAGCCUCAUAGUGAUCAAGGAAUAUAUGAUUAUUGGGAAACUCAGCUGAUGCUUGAAUCUGUUUCCAAUCUCAAUGGUGAACCUACUGACCUGUGUACUCUACCCUGCUCAAUUCGGCCGAAUAUGCUGCUGAGUCAUCACCCCGCUCCCCACGCGGCUUGGCGUGGGGUAAUGGGAUGCCUUCGGUCUUCAGGCCUACUGGCCCGAGUCAGGUUACUUACUGGACUGAAGCAGGAAAUCGAAUUCUUCCUUCCUCUCACCGGCCAUGGUGGCUGCUUCGUUGUCAUUUUCCCUCAUGAGAUCGCGAGGCUAGACAAUACCAGGCCGGUCUGAUCCUCCUGUCCAAUGCCUCUUUUCCAGAGCUGCAGCGUCACAGACGGCCAUGGCGACGCCCUCGCUGAAACGAUCGGCGUACGAAGCCGAGUUGGACGCACCGCGAAGAGACGGGGAUAGACAGUCCGUCGAGAUGCGCACGCCUCCGCCCAAGAUUUCAAAAGCAAAAGCCUGUGCGGAAUGCAAGAGGCAUAAGAUCAAAUGCGAAUUGAAACCCGGGGAGUCCAGUUGCGCAAAGUGCAGACGAAGCGGGAUCAAGUGUGUUGUCAAUGACUUCUCUCAGAAAUUUGUCGACGACGACAACAUAUGGAAAUCCCAAGCAUCGGCUACAAUCCAGCAACUUCAGGCAGCCGUGUCCCAUCUUCUCCGUCAGAGUAACCUCCCGGAGCUGUCGACAUAUCCUGCUGAAGGUAACAAUCACGUUCCCAGUCCAGCGUCAUCCAAUCACACCUACCGCCAUUCUCAGGAUGAGGGACAUCCGUCUGUGACUGCCGCUGCACAAACCCCGGUCAUGGAAACGGCACGAGAGAACUCUGCAGAGCCAGACCUCGAGGACCGCGAACUCGUGCCGGCACCGAUGCGUAGCCUGUACGAGGUGACCAAGCUGCGCAAUUUGCGCAGCAACCCCUUCGAGAAGCCCAAGUCGACUCUGCUGGAGGAAGACUUUGUCUCGCGGGGCUUUAUUUCGUUGCACGAAGCCGAGGAACUAUUCGCCUAUUUCAGCCGGACUAUGAACCAAUUACUCUGGGGAGGAAUCCUGCUUGUCCACGAAACGCUAACAUCGGCGCGGCGCGCAUCGUCUUUGCUCUCUGUAGCCGUUCUGACCGUGGCCGCUCUCCAUAUCCCCAACCGGACCGAGACUCUUAACGUAUGUUACCAUGAGUACGUGUCACUGGUGUCCAGCAUGUCUUUGACCCGGUCCCACACGCUCGACGACAUCCGUGGGCUCUGUGUCGGUGCCUUCUGGUUGUCUGAUCUGAGCUGGAAACUCUCUGGGCAUGCGGUCCGCAUUGCGACCGAGCUGGGCCUCCAUCAGAGCUUCCAGAAAAUGACGCGAGGCCACAAUGAUCAGUAUGAGCGUGCACAGCUGUGGUAUCUGCUGUAUGUGUGCGAUCACCACUUCAGCAUCGCCUACGGACGACCCCCCGUGAUACACGAGGAUCUUGCUAUCAAGAACUACGAGACGUUCUUGCAGUCACCGCUCGUGGUCCCUGGAGACAUUCGACUGGUGGCGCAAGUCGCCUUAUUUGUGAUCCUCACCGAAGCCUAUCGGACAUUCGGGUCGGAUACCGAACAGGCAUUGAGUGAAGACGACUUUGGCCAGCUGCGAGUUUACAAUGUUGCUGUGGAUCAAUGGCGUUUGCUCUGGCAGCCCCGUUCAGCUGACAGCCCCUAUGUGCGCACGUACCCGUCCAAAGGGGUUGUGCUACAUUAUCACUUUGCCAAAUUCCAGCUCAACUCGCUCUCGCUGCGCGCUCUCUCCCCGACCAACACGCCGGUCUUCUCGAUGGACCGGAAAGAAUCGGCCAACAUUGCCAUCUCGUCGGCGAUGGCCUGUUUGAACAUGGUCCUCGAGGAGCCUGAUGUGCGAGACGCGAUUGUGGGAGUGCCCAUCUUCACGCACACGAUGGUCACGUUCUCAGCGGUGUUCCUGCUGAAGGUCGCGGUGAACUGGAACAGCGCGUACUUGAACAUCGACGGGCGCCAGGUGCGCCAGCUGGUGGAGCGGGUGAUCGCGCUGCUGAAUAGCGUGUCGGCCGGGGAGCGUCACCUGACCCGGCAUAUCGCGCGCGGUCUGGGGAAGAUGCUGGAGCGCUUCAAUGCGUGGGAGGGCGGAUGGCAUCCGCACGGGCGAGAGCUGAAGAAACGCGACAUGCCGGGCGGCGCGAAUGCUAUGGCGCAAGGGUUUCCACCGCCCGAUCUGAUCUACGAUAUGGUAGGGACGUAUGGAUUCGGGCUGGAUGAGAACCUGCUGGAUCCCACCAUGGCGACUUUUGAGUAUCUCGCGACGUGAGGGGAUCUGUAUACCUUU